AUGGCGCCUGAACGCCCCUCGCCGUACAGGAGCCGCUACCUCCUUUACAAGAAGGGCUCGCAACAAGUGGUAAACUGGCUACAUAAAACCGCCCGUGGCCUCGGCGGACACUCGAAAUCACUCGACAAGUUGUGCGUCGACGAUCUACCAUCUCUUGCCCUGACCAUCAACAACGCGAAGAUCGAAUUGCCGAAGAACAUCGCCUCCACGUUGUCUGACGUGAUCUAUCUCCGACAGAAGGCUCACGAGUGGUAUUCGAGUCUGGCUCGCGACGAUUUCGUUGGCGGCGAUGAUCGUAUUGGAGAUUUCAACAAGAGCCACCGGUACUUCAUCGAGAAACUGAAAGUAGUACGGGCGACACUCGAUCCGACUGGUGCAAAGGCAUCAAAGCACGACGCUUUACAUCAACAGCAGCAACAGCAAGGAGCCUCAGCUCCUGACAUCUCCAACAUGUUUGCCAACCUAGAUCUGGAAGAGCCAUGUGACGGCGCACCUAACUCCGCGACUGGCUCCGCUACCAAGCCCGAGUCCUCGAACAUGACUCCAGACGUCCUAGCUGGAGAACCUGGCGAUGAACGACCAUUCAAGAUAUGGUGCAUGUUGCAAGAUGUUCGCGAUAUUCGAGUCUUUGUGCGAGAAUUGUGGCGCCGAUAUUACGAGGGAGAUUUCACAUUCCCUACUGCUGCUUAUGUUACAGACAUGGCGUUCAGGGCGGUUUCGGACAUCGUCUCCGCGAACGCAGACAAAGCACUGCGCCAUUACGCAGCCAUCGUGGUGUUGAUGGACCUUAAAAUUGGUCAGAGCACGGAUGGCAUCGUCAGCUUUUCCAGUACAAUUGAUGAGGGCGCGAAUGGCUUGGAUGCUGCGGACCUGUACUGUGCCCCAGCCUUCUGCAUCCUUCAAGAGUUUCUCAUCUCUUGUCAAGUCGAUCAUGCAGCCGACUCUCCGCAAAGUGAGGCUCGAUAUUUUCGGCGACAUCCUUUGGCCGUAGCAUUGCGAGGUCUGCAAAGUCAGCUCAAGCUUUUGGCAGGAACCCACUACGAAUCUGGCUAUUUGGGACCCCUGGCUCUUGAUCAGUUCACGUAUAACAUUCUCAGUAUUUGCAAGUACGGCGUUAUCCGGACUGCGACAGUUGUACAAUGCCAGAUGUACCUGGAUGUGUACGAUGCGCUCGGGCAGCAGACUACUUCUGUGACAAGCAUGCUACGUCCAGUGGCAGCCUCAGUGGACAAAACAUUUGACGACUAUGCGCAGACACGGUCGCCGCGCUUUCAAGCAUGUAUCGAGAAAGACAGCAAGUACCUACGGGAAUUGACCAAGAUCUCGCGCGAGGACAGAUUUCCAGGCGCACAACUCCGUGAUGCUUGCAAGCCCAGUUCUCUUUUCGCAGUUCUUCCAGUCUUGGCGGGGACGUACCUGCAUGAACUGCUCAGGCACGCAACUUCGCACUCGAUCAGAUGCGUAAACAGCAGCUUCGAAACUAUUGGAGCCGCCUAUUUGUACGCCGCCAUGAAAGGCACGCCCAAGUGGGAAGCUAUGGAUUUACUCCUCGACCAGCAUCAGAGCUACGCGCCGCAAGCAUCGUCACUUUACAAACUCACCCGCAACUUCGAACAAGCUGUUGGGGCCAACAAGAUGGCUUGUCGCCGUCCAGCGGGCAAAGGUUUACCCAAUUCUGCCGCUGCCGCCAGAACCUUGUUGGAUUUCCCCUAUUUUGAACAAGCUGUCGUGCUGAACACUGAGAAGAUCCAAGAGAGCGAAAAACCAGAUCAGUUUCCAGGCAUGCUCUACGAAGCUGUUCGUCUCCGCCGAGGAAAGAGUCUCACGUCUCGGGCAAGUAGCAAGAGCUCGGUAGAUCUUCUUUCAGCUUUUGCCGAAGUCCUGAUCGAAGACGAGGGAAAAUUGAGGAUCAAUUACCUGGCCCUCUCAGCGCGCUGCCAAAGUCUGCUGAACGUCAUCACGUACGGCUUCAGAUCCCACCUGCAGGACUUACUUGCCAAUUCGAACAGCGCAGGGCUUUCCCAUCAAAAUGUUGUGCACGCCAUUCUACGAGAGGCGUCCGACUCCGCCAGUGCUCAUUCGAGCAACGCAGCGAACAGAACGUCAACUACAAUUCUCGAGGAAUUGGAUCUGUACUUUGAGACCUUCAUCGAAUUGGAGGGGAGAGUAGGGAUGUCCGCUACGCCUUUUGGUAACUGCAUCAUGAACCAAAACAAGCCCUGCGACCGCUGGACCUGGGGAGGGGAUGAUCGGCCAGGGUACAUCAAAGACAAGAAAAUUUUCGGACCAGAGACUUUUUUGGAUUGUGAAAUUCGUAAGGCCGAGCAAACGGCAGAAGCCGUCUGCAGACUGGCUGUACAGCAGUGGGACUUUGAACGCUGCAAAGGGACAGAAGGUACUCUGAUGGAACAGAAAUUGCAAGAGAUCGAAAGCUGGGGCAAUUCCGAAUUCUUGAAAGCUGGAAUUGCUGUUAAGCUGAGGAGACUUCAAUACUCGUCGAAUGGGGACUAUCUGGGCUUUCAGCCAGUGUUCUGCCAGGAGGCUUUCGAUUUGUUGAACAAGGAAGAGUAA